AUGAAAAGGAAAUUACAAGGUGUGUCCGUGAAGUUACACCGGGUGUGCCUGCCCCUCUUGCCUCCUCUUCCACCUCCUCUAGCUCUGCCUCCGCCUCCCCGGAGACGGCCAGACCAGCCUGUCCUCUGCCUCGCCCGCAGCCUGCUCAGCGUAAAGAUGACGAGGACGAAGACCCCUCCCACGAACUGUGUAGGACUGCAUCAUCGCCUGGGUAUUCAUUGGGCAGGACGUCAUAUGCAAGAUUCGCCCGCAAGCGGAUGGCCUGUCCUUAGAGGCAUAAGGUGGGUGAUAAUUUAAUAUAAAAUUAAUGCUGUGUCUUAUUGUUUUGUCACGUUGCUCUCAAAGAGUUACGUUGGGGUCCAGUAUGCCCCCCUCUCCUAUCUGGAGAGACGGCAUAUCAGCCUAUCGUCACAGCUAAGUGGUUUUUUAAAACACAGUGUUUCCGGUAGUGUGUAUUGUGAAUCCAACUGGAACACGGUAGGCCACGAAAACUUUCUAACCAUUCAUUCCUUAGUGUACAGGCGAGGCCCCUGUGAAACAGCCGUAUGGUUACACAGGGUUACGCUAGGCUACCAUCAAAGGAUCCUACUAGUGCGUCUUUGUUAUCAAUCCUUGAAUCAUCCUACUUAUAAAUAAAUAGGCAUCCCCCUUAUUAUCUAUUUUUGUGUCUAGUGUUGGCAGGUAACAAAACACCUGUUGAUGUUUCGUAUCCUGUAAGGCAGUAUUGAUUUAUGUACUGACAGACGAUUCAUCUUGUGAACAACGUAAACUGAAUGGUCUGGAUGAUACAGUACAGCUCCAUAAAUGUGUUUUCUCUUACGGUUUUCGUAAUCUCGUUCUUUUUUCUAGCUGACUUUGCUGUAAGGAUACGAUGUAUGAUACAUGUAAUACACAAAAUAUGUGAUAAUGGACUUAUCGGUUUAGGUCCUGGUCAGCCGUAGGCUAUUAGUAGUUAGGUUUUUGAGGAGUCAAAAGCUCCAUGUGGAUUUUUGACUGCAUGGGGGUGGCCGUCCCUCACGCCUCCGUUGUUCAAGGGUCAACCGCAGGGGGCGCCUGUCUUGCACCGCUUGUAUGAAGAUCACGUGAGUUAAAGCAUCUGGCUUUCUCUGUCCCCCCAUCUCUGGCAGUAAUGGCAGCCUCGCAGGGUUGGCGGGAGCUUGUGGGUGAGAUGCUCCGCAAACGUUCGUCGCGUGAUCAGCAUGGCUGAGUUCCCUGAGAGCAGUGGUCUCCUUUCUCCCUUCCAGGCUGCCCUCCUCCGCGCUGUGCUUCAGCGGCCCAGCCCGGCCCUGUGGAGAAGGCCUGUCUGCGGGCUGUGGUGCCGCACAGCCACCGGCCAGGAUCCGGGGAGGUGGGUGGGGAGCGGGUGCCCCGCCCCGAAGGAGAAAGCAGCAGGUGCGGAGACAGAGAACUUCCAGAUGGUCUACCGGUUUGACGCCAUCAGAGCCUUCGGGUACUUGUCUCGGCUGAAGGUGGCACAGACGGCCCUCACGGUGCUGGCCCUCCCGCCUGGCUGCUACUGGUACUCGCAGGGCUUCGUGACGCUCGGCUCCCUGUGUGUCGCAGGCGGGGUGGCUGGCUUUGCCCUGGCCAUGCUCUGCUGGAUGAGCUAUUUCUUCCGGAGGCUGGUGGGCAUCCUGUAUGUGAACGAGGCGGGCACUGUGCUGCGGGUGGCGCACCUGACCUUCUGGGGCCAGCGGCAGGACACAGACUGCCCCGUGGCCGACGUGAUCCCCAUGACGGAAACCAAGGACCGGGCCCAGGAGCUGUUUGUGCGUAUCCAGCAGUACAGUGGGAAGCAGACCUUCUACCUCACCCUUCGCUACGGACGCAUCGUGGACAGAGAGCGUUUCGCGCGGGUGUUUGGGACGCUGGACUCCCUCAAGUGAAUUGGGAGCUGGGUCUCCAGCAGGAAGGCCGAGGAUGAAACAGGGGAUCGGGCACCUGAAGACUUCGGCAGGGCCUCUGGGCAUCCGUCUUUUGGGAUGCACAGAGUCCUAAGACAGAAGCUAGUGAUCGCGUUUCGGAAAGAGGCCCUUAGUACCAAUUCAUACUGCAUUUGUGUGACAUUUAGUCAGAUAACGGCCAGAAGUUCACAGCUGGUUCUUGGAGGAAGCUGUGUCCAGUUCUCUCAGGCAGGGCAGUGCUGUGAAAUCGGAAGUCAGGGAGGUGAGGCAGAGCAAGCUCAGGACGUGGCUUGAGCAGAAUCGGGUGCUGUCAGUUCUCGACUGCCUGUCCUGGAGUCACCGUGUCUCUCAACCCUGGUUUUCCCAUCUGAGAAAGGGAAAAAUCCUGUCUCCUGGCAUGGGUGUGAAAAUAAACGGUAAAUGUCAAGGUCAGUACAAAGGUGACUUGUGCUGAAAAGCUUCCAGGCAGUCGGUAGGGGGCUUACCCGAGGCCUGUGCCGCCCCCAUUGGGCCUCAGCAGCAGGAAAGGACGGGAAGAAGCCCAGGUAGAGUUGGGUCGUGUGACCGCGGCGGAGGGUGCUGGCCAGGCGAGCGCCGCAUCCCUUUGUCAAGGUUGUGGCCUGGGGCCCUCCUGUCUGAAGGCUCUGGUGGAUAAAACCAGGCGAGCUGUGUUCUGGUGCGUUCUUUUAUAAGCUAAAGCUAGUUUUGUGCACGAUUAGUGGUUAGUAAAAGAUGUUUGUUUCACAGUCUGUAGCAAAAUAAAGAGGAAGGAAGAGGUGAUCGUCAACAGUUCCACCACUCAGAAGUCAGUGACUAGAUGCUUUAUUGUGGGGACUUCCAGUCUUUUAUUGUGUUAAAACACACAUCAUGUAAAUGUAUUCCUGCAGCCAUUUUUGAAUGUACACUUCAGUGGUAUUAAGGACGCCUACAGCGUUGUGCAGCCAUCACAUCUGCUCAUUUCCAGAACGUUUUCAUCAUCCCAAGGAGAAACUCUGUACCCAUUAAACGGUCACUCCCCAUCUCCCCCUCCCUCCGGCCUCGUAACCACUCAUCUGCUUUCUGUUUCCGUGGAUUUGCUUUUUCUGGACAUUCCACGUAAACAGAAUCGCCCACUGUGGUUUUGUGUCUGGCUUUUUUCACCUGGCGUGAUGGUUCCAACGUGCAUCCAUGCUGUAGCCUGUGUGAGAGCCUCAUUGCUUUUCGUGGCUGGAUAACCACAGUGUAGACCACAGUUUGCUUAUCUGUCUGUCGAUGGACAUUUUGAUAGUUUUCCACCUUUUGGCUGUUGGGAACAGUGCUGCUGUCAGAGUUGGCGCACGAGUCCCUGCUGUCGCUUCUUUUGGGGCUCCUGGAUGCCGACAGGCAGACAGGCGGAAAUAUUGGAUCUUACGGUGACUGUGCAAGUUUUUGAGGAACCGCUGAACUUUCCCACAGCCGCCAUGUCCUUUUUUACCCGUCUCAGCCGUCCACGAGGGUUCUGGCUCCUCCACAUCCUCCUGAUGGGCAGGAGGUGGUAUCUUACCGUGCUUUCAGGCUUUUUAAAAACAUAGAUGUUAUUCUGUGCCUGGAAUUGUUUUUUUGUUUGGUUUUUUUUUUGCUUCAUGUAACAUAGCUAUCUUACUUGUAAACACAUUAGAAAUAUUCUGUCACAAGAAAAAAAGAUACCUCAUUACUAUGUGAGAUGCCUGAUGUUAACUGACCUUGUCAUAAUCGUUUUGCGAUAUAUACGUGCAUAAAUCAUUACGUUGUACACACUAAGCUGAUACGAUGUUAUAUGUCAAUUCUAUCUCAGUAAAACUGGGGAAAGUUAAUUAUUUUUGAAGGAGAGAGAGACCGAGUGAGAGUGGCUAACGGGAGAGAGAGAGCGGGAGACAAAGAAUCCGAAGCAGGCUGUGGGCUCUGAGCUGUCAGCACAGAGCCUGACAUGGGGCUCAAACUCACAGACCGCGAGAUCAUGACCCGAGCCAAAGUCAGGUGCUUAACUGACUGAGCCACCCAGGAGCCCCAAAUCCUCCUUAAAAAAAAUUUUUUUUUGUCUAUUUAUUUUUUUAAAUAUUUUAAAAUCUCUGAGAGAGAGAGAGAACGAGAGCGAGAGAGUGCACAAGCGACCAGGGGAAGGGCAGAAAGAGGUGGACAGAGAAUCUGAAGUGAGCUCCGUGCCUACAGCAGAGAGCCCGAUGUGGGGCUUGAACUCACAAGCUAUGAGAUCAUGACCUGAGCUGACGUCAUAUGCUUAACCGGUUGAACCACCUAGGUGUCCUUUAUUUUUUUGAAGUCGAUUCCACACCCAUCGUGGGGCUCGAACUCCCCAAGAUCAAGAGUCGCACGCUCUACUGACUGAGCCAGCCAGGUGCCCCUCAUUCAAAUCAUACUCUUUAUGCAAAAACAAAUUCAGAAAUUGCAAAAUAUUCCACCGAGUGGAUGUGGUUGGUCCUUCACUUUUUAUUUUCUUUUUAAAAUUUAUUUACUUAGUGUGAGCAAGGGAGGAGCAGAGAGAGGGGGAAAGAGAGAAUCCCAAGCAGGCUCUGCACUGUCACUGCAGAGCCCAUCGUGGGGCUCGAUUUCAUGAACCAUGAGAUCAUGACCUGGAGCCAAAAUCAAAAGCCUGAUGCUCAACCAGCUGAGCCACCCAGGUGCCCUGAAAACAGCACUGUUUAAUUUGUGUUCAGUUUUAGUUAAAGAUGCAAAUGAAAGGUGGUAGGAUCAUGGAUUUGAAUUCUUUAUUAAAUUCCAGCUGGUGUGAAUUCAUUCCUGUGGUUGGAGACCGAAGUCUGGGGAGUGUGUGGUUGUGUCCCUCAGAUGUUUGGGGACACUGGGCACCCACUGCCUGGGCAUAUCUGUGGUUUUCCCAGACACAACGGCUCUACACACAGGAGAACCCCCACUGAGCAGGGACCCAGAGCCUGGGUGUGGGCCUGGGCGUCCCUGGGGCCUCUUUCUUCAAGGUAAAUGGCAUGUGGUUCCGUUGACUUGUUUUAUGCGACUUUAUUUAAACAACUUUUUUUUAAUGUUUACUUAUUUUUGACAGAGAGAGACAGAGCAUGAGCGGGGGAGGGGCAGAGAGGGAGACACAAAAUCCGAAGCAGGCUCGAGGCUCUGAGCUGGCAGCACAGAGCCCGACGCGGGGCUCGAACUCACAGACUGUGAGAUCAUGACCUGAGGCGAAGUCGGAUGUUUAACCGACUGAGCCAUCCAGGCGCCCCAAUGCUGACUCUAUUUUAAAACUACGACCAGAAGCUGACCACCUCUCACCCUGUCCACCUCCUGCCAUUCUGAUCCACACUGCCCUCGUAUGUUCUCUGGGUUGUUGCAGCCUGCUGCUUCUAUUAUCCUUACCCAUCUGGAGCCUGUUCUCACAGCAGCCAGUGAUAAUAAAUAAGUAAAUAAACAAACAAAGCACGGCAUUGCGGUAAAAACUGAAGUGCUCACCGUGGCCUACAAGGUCUAACGUGGUCUGGGUCCACCCCUAUCCCCAGCUGUGUCUUAUCCACAGCUCUGUCUUCAACCACUGCCAGUCAUAUCCAGUUUUCUGUUCCUUCAGUAAUCAAGGAUGCUCCAGCCUCAGGGUCUUUGCAUUGGCAGUUCCCUCUGCCUGGAAACCUUUCUCCCCAAUGUCUGUAUAGAGCACUCUCGCGCAUGUGUGCUCUCUCCCCCUCUCUCCCUCCCCUCCCUUCCCCUCCCUUCCCCUCCCUUCCCCUCUUUCUCUGUAUAACAGGUGUUCUUUAUGCUCAAGAAGUUGUUAGUGAAGAUUCACUUGUAUAGAGAAGACUCAGUUACAUAGCAAUUACAUGUAGCUCUUGGUUUCCUUCCAUACUGUUCCCUCACCCGCUUACCAGCUCCUUCAAAGACUGUGAACCCCUUUCCCCAAAGACAGUCUUUGCCUAUGAAAUGUCUCAGGCGGUAUUAACGAUUUGACUUUGACCUCAUUAAAGAUAAGAAUUAACUCAAAUAGUCCCUGGUGUUGGUCUAGUUCUAAGCUAUUAACCUGAGUGAACGUCACCCCUGGAGAUUUUAGUUAUGUCAGGGGUGGGUCCCCAGAAUCUGUAUUUUGACAGAAAAUUCUGACAGCCAAUUCUGAAAUGCAGCCAGGCUGGAAUUUUAGUCUAUUUCAGUCUAUUUCUGAAAUAGACUCUAGUAGACAGAAAACACCAGAGUAACUCAUGCCUCUGUGGACUCUGUGUUCCCUGGCCAAUUUUUUCCCCCCUUAAAGAAUACGUUCUCAGCUCUGGUUGUGUGUGCAGAAUCACCUGGGGAGCUUUUUAAAAAUAUUGCUGCCCAGGCCCACGACCAGCCGUUGCCAUGGUCAGGGCGAUUCUUACUGUAGCCUGGGUUGCCAGUCACUGCUCUGUAGUAUCACCACCCUGGGAGGUGAAAACCCCGUCCUCACCAGCCCACCAGCCGUGGCAUUAGAGAGAGCCUCCGUUUCGAUGUGUGUCUGCUCACACAGUACCAGCAGAGGGCACACACAGCAAAGGCAUCAUGCAUGCGUUCAUUUCCGAGCCAGAAUCGCGAUCUCCACCUGACCGCGGCGGGACUUCAGCAGCACCACGAGGGCAGUCCCUGGGAGCCGCCCAGGCUCUCCGGAUCGACACCGGCAAAACUAGCAAAACCUGUGCUGAGUCCCUAAGGACGGAUUCCGGUAGAUGCUGGGGGGUUUGAAUCUUUAUGCUUCCCAGGUAACUCCAAGGCACCCUGACUUUUGAGAAUGCCUGUGUGGGAUUUACCCUUCCCAAAAGCCGUGCAGCAGAUGAGAAAGCAGUGUCUCGGAAAAUGCAAGUGGUCUUUAGGUUCAGGUGAUGGAUAUGUGGGUGAUUCCCCCACUUUGACAACAAAUCCAAAAUAAUAAUCUAAUAGAAAUACCCAAGGAGACCUACGAAGAUGUUCACUGAGUGUUCCUAAUAGCAAAACAAACAGCAAUGACAAAACUGGAAAUAAAUGUUUUUAAAAGAAAUUUUUAAGGUUUAUUUGUUUUUGAGAGAGAGACAGAAUGGGAGCGGGGGAGGAGCAGAGAGAGAGGGAGACACAGAAUCCAAAGCAGGCUCCAGGCUCUGAGCUGUCAGCACAGAGCCUGAUGUGGGGCUCAUACCUAUGAACCGUGAGAUCAUGACCUGAGCCAAAGUCGGAAGCUUAACCGACUGAGCCACCCAGGUGCCCCUAAACAGUUUUCAUUAGUAGGCGACACGGUUAAAUAAAUGUCGGUAGAGCCUUACUAUGGAAUAUUGCAUGGCCCUUAAAAAGAAUGAGCUUGAACAGUAUCUGCUGAUGUGGAAAGGUAACCAUGGCAACCGCGAUCAGUAGAAAAAGCAAGUCACAGAACCAAUAGAGUUUUGUGUGGUCUUGUGUUUGUAAAAACCCCCAUACACUGCAAGUUCACAGUGGUUACUCUGGGGAGAGGGUGAAGGGUGGGGGGGGGGGUGGAAUGGAGGGAAGACACCCAUCUUCAACGUUAUAACCUUCCAAUACUGUUAAGUAUCCAUGAUGAACAUCUUGUCUGUCUUAACAAGUGAAAAAUGCUGUAAAAAGCUCGAGAUCUCUCAAGUCAGCUUUUCAGGUGAAGCCACCAUGAAUUCCCAUGCUGGCCUUGGAAGCUGGGCUGACAUUAGGAAUCAUUCCGUUGUGGAGAGCAUCGGUGACAUGGCUAUGCCUGUCCCUUCUAGAGUGGUUUUCCUGCCUGUCCGCUGAGACCCGCCUGCAUGCCCUGGGCUGUGUAGAAUUUAACUGCAGGGAAUGGUGUGGUCUGUGCUAUGUCCAUUUUCGUACAGUACUUGCUGUGGACUGAACAUGUAUAUCCACCCCCACCCCUGAAAACUCCUGUGUUGAAACUGUAACCCCCAAUGUGAUGGUGUUUGGGGUGGAGCCUUUGGGAGGUGAUUAGGGUCCCCUUUGUGUGAUCAGGGCCUGUACGAAUAAAGAGGCUGUGUGUGUGUGUGUGUGUGUGCGCGCGCGUGUGCCCCAAGGAAGGCCAUAUGAGGACAUAACAAGGGGCCUCACCAACCAAUCAUGGCCUUGCAGCCUCCAGAACUGUGAGAAAUCUGUGUUUAAUGUUUAAGCUGCCCAGUCUAUGGUUGUUGGGGAGGUCAUCGAGAAGGCAUGACUGCCAGUUGACCCUCAGGCUGGCCCUGGGCAAUCGGAGGCUCCCCACCCCCUCCCCUGUCCUUGGAAUGUAGGUUCUACUUGGCUUCUCUGUUUCCGGAAGCUGUCCAAGGACACAGCCUUGAAACAGUGAUGUGGGGUUGAGGCCAUCUGCACGGUAGACAUGCCUGAACCCAGUUAAGGCCUCCACAUAAACUCAGAUUCUGGCAGGUGGGUGUGGAGGCCUUAUCUUGCAGCCGCCCAAGACAAGCCUUGUAAGUUAAGUCCCCUCGUGAGUUAAGUCCUCUUGCAGGUAUUAGUGAGUCCUGCCACCUGCCCACUGGAGCGGCCUCCUCUCUCUCCAGCUUCUCUCUGCCUUCCGUGUAUGGGAACCAGUCUCAGUUUGCACCCAGGGAGCUCGCGAGUGGGUUGUAGGCCAGCAGUGGUAUUCGUAUUCCGUCAUAGCCCCCUGGGCAGACUGAGACAUGGUCCCCCGGACCGCGGGGAGGUCAGCUCUAGCUGGGGACGUCUGUGGUCUGCACCGCUGGGAGCUGGUGUCCUACCUGCACUGGUGAUCAAAGAUGAGACUUCCAUGUUACAGGGCCGGGUAUCUACCAUUCAGCGACCAUGUUGAAUGCACUCCCCAGAGCCGAUGUGGGGGACUUAGCUGCUUGUGGGGGUGGGGGCAGCCGGGGGAAAAUUGCCCAGAUGGCCAGGGCUGGGGGCUUUCACUUCACUGCUGCUCUGUGACCUCAGGACUUGUGAGUCCCCAAAUGGAAAGUAACAGGGUCCCUUUGAGCCCCAGGCAGAGUCCAACUUUUAUGGCUUUGUUUUGCUCCUGUGGCAUUCAACUAUAAAAUCCUGUCCGAUUAAUCAGGCAGGGCCAUGUUUUACCAACUCUGGAGACAAAACAUCCAUUUUACUGAUUAACAGUUGAGAUACACUCCGAGACUCUGUGGGGCUUGUAUCUGCAUUGGGAAGUAGGUUUACUGCUGUGAGCGGGAACUGUAAGGUUGACAGAAAUGUUAUCAUUGCGUGGAAUCAUGGGAGGCACUAUGCCCUGCCACGUUGUAGCUGUGGCCAGAGAAGUUCUCCGUGUGCCUUGGGUUCUUCAUCUGGGAAGCAGUGGCAAUAAAAGUACCCACCUAAGGGGGUUGGGACGAUGGACUUAGUACCUGGAAUCCACCUAAAAUAGCGCUUGGUCCAGGGAAGCAUUUGAUACGUGCUAGGCUAGCAGGCUAGCAUUACAGAGGAGGCUCAGGGGUGAUGGGCCACCCAGCUAGAAAGUAGCAGAGUCGGGUUAUUCCACUGCCGUAUCCUGCCUCCCCAGCAUGGAAGGAGAACAGAAAAUAGGAAACAGUGCCUGGUUUUAUUUAUUUUUAGUUUUGAGAGAGAGAGCGAGCAGGGGAGAGGGGCAGAGAGAGAGGGAGAGAGAGGAAGAUUCUCAAGCAGGUUCCAUGCCCAGUGCAGAGCCUGACACAGAGCUCCAUCCCACAACCCUGGGAUCAUGACCUGAGCCAAAAUCAAGAGUCGGACACUCAACCAGCUGAGCCACCCAGGUGCCCCACAGGGACCAUUUGUAACGAGGAGUAUUUGAGGUUUUGGUGCCUUCCAAUCACCCACCGGCUCUAAGAAGGUAUGCUAAGAGCUCACACUGAUGUUGACCAGUUCAGAUGGACCUUCCAAGUCUGGCGGCCAGGCUGGCUGUGAGAAAGGUCCUGGGGUGGAGGACAGCCCCUGCCCUCACCCGAUCCCAACCUGGCUGUGCGCACAUACACACCCAUCUGUUGAUACGCUAGUAUGCCAUCUUUCCUACGUCUGCGUUUCAAAUCCUAGCUCCUGAGCUGAAUGGUUGGGCGGGUUCCCCCAACCUCUCUGAGCUUGUUUCCUCAUCUUACAAAUAAGCACACAACGGGCUCCUGGGUGGCUCAGUUAGACGUCCGACUUCAGCUCAGGUCAUGAUCUCACGAUUCAUGGGUUUGAGCCCCACGUCUGACUUCUGUGCUGACAGCUCAGAGCCUGGAGCCCGCUUCGGAUUCUGUGGCUCCCUCUCUCUCUGCCGCUGCCCCACUCACACUCUCAAAAAUAAACAUUAAAAAAAAAAUUAGGCACAGCUCAUAGGUUUGUCAUGAAAAUUAUAAAGCACCUGCAGCCUAUGCUUGCACAUAGGAGAUGGUCAACAAACGAUAAUUGUUACUGUAUGUGAUUAUUUAAAAUUUUUCUUUAAUGUUUAUUUUUGAGAGACAGACAUGAAGCACGAGUGGGGGAGGGGGAGGGGCAGAGAAACAGGGAGACACGGAAUCCGAAGCAGGUCCCAGGGUCUGAGCUGUCAGCACAGAGCCCGACGCGGGGCUCGAACCCACGAACCACAAGAUCAUGACCUGAGCCGAAGUCGGACGCUCAACCAACUGAGUCACCCAGGCGCCCC